AAAGAGGAAAAACAAGUUCCCUAUUCCUGCAUUCAGAAAGGAGGCUGGGAAAGUGAAAAGAGGAAUUUCCACCCUUCAGGCUAAAAGGGCAGAAAAACUACCCGUGGCUUUAGCCAUUGUGUUAAACAACUUCCCUGUUACACAUUUUCUCGUGCAGGAUCAUGUUUACCCCCAAGGAAGCUGGCUGUAUCAGUGAUCCCUGCGCACCUGCUGUUGAAACAGUAAGUACUGAGCUGGAGCGUUAUCAGAUUCAUGUGUUAUGGUAUCAUGCUUCUGUUUAUAGAAUACUGCUAAUUAACUCCCCUUGGGUGCUUUUCAGUUUUGUGUUAUAACCAUUCAAAAUCCUGCGAAAUCAAGCUACUUUAAAAUGAUGGGCUGCACAACUUUAGCCUGCUUUACUCUCGUAAAGAAGCCCCAUGCUGUCCAGUGGUGCAUCUGAUUGCCCCUAACCUUUCACCAACAUGAACAGGUCUGUGCUGAUUAAGCAUCAAAGUCAGGGAUCGGCCAGUAUAAAUUUAUAAUUGAAUCCACGCCCACAGAACAAAGUGCCUUGAUUGAUUUCUGCUUCUUCAUGGAAAGCUUUCAGAGCCUCUCCUUCUGGCAGCAGAACCCAUUCCAAUCUCUUAUGCUGCCCCCUAAAACCUGGCAUCAAAAACACCCUCCCUCCAGUGAAUCACAAUCGGAAAGGGUGUUGGUAUGCAAGUCUUUCAUUGUCAAAGGGGGUUCCUUGGAUUGUAGCAGCACAAGGGUGUUUUUAAAUAUAAAAUGUUGGCUUUGAGAAUGAAAUCCUUCCUUUCAUCUCUGUAGAUCUUUCUGCUGUGAUUAAAGGAUUCAUAAAAAUGGAGUGCAAAUCUUUUGAAGUGGAUGAAGCAGUCUACUUGGAGGAUCAAUGUCAUAUUCUUGAGGUGACCGAACCACAAGAAGACAAUUUGGAUUUGGCAGGAAAGAGUGACUUGGGAAAUAUUGUCUUUUCAUCCUGCGAAAUCCCAGCUCCAUCCAGCCCUGAGAUCAAAUUGUACCCUAAUAAUAUCACCAAGAGGAGGGCCUUUAGUGACAGCCCAAAUCUGCUCCAAGUUCCACCUGUGGAGGAUGGCAAUGGUGACUUCACACCUUACCAAUUUAACAGGCAUGCUCCAGGAAGGAUUUCUACUUCUCCAACUCUUAGGAGGCUACGAAACAGUACCUCAUCACUCUCUCAGGUCUUCUCACUACAAAACAGCAGUGAGAAUGCAAGGGGGCACAACCAGAUGCCACAAACUGAAUCAACUCUUCUUGCUUCUCAGAGGUGCACUCUGCAUUCUCAGCAUUGCUCUUUGACCUCCAACUCUGGCAUGCACACCGAUUCACUGGCACUGAAAGAAAACUCCACAUUGGCUGACACACUAUCAGUUCCACCACAUCCUAAAGAUGAUUUUGUUGAUGAUAACAUAUUGCAGAACACGAGGGAAACCAACCCUUCUUCCCUAACUAAAGGGAAACAGAAUUCUCAGGAAUGUGUUCAGGUAAGUAACGCAUUUCCUCGUUCCUUGGUUUGGUAUGUUUUGCUGAUUGCUCAGAUGGAACUAAAGUCUGGUACUAUAAAUCAAGCCAUUGCCGCUCUUAGGGUUGUAAUCAACUAGCUUUUGCUCAGAGCAGGCCCAUAGAAAUUUCAUAGCCAUGACUAAAUUAGGUCCAUUAAUUCCAACCUUGAGUAAAACUUGGUUGACUACAGCCAUUAGAUUUAAGGAGAAUGUGACAGUCUAAUCAAUAUUUAGCUAGGCCAGAUUACAUGUGAUGCCUCUCUUUGAGAGCAGGAUUAAACAUGCACGUAAUAGCUAAACAUCUGCACAUUAGGGGGCUAUAAAGUGAGGCAUAUUUUGUUUGCUUUUACAGUGGUACCUCGGGUUACAUACGCUUCAGGUUACAGACUCCGCUAACCCAGAAAUAGUACCUUGGGAUAAGAACGUUGCUUCAGGAUGAGAACAGAAAUCGUGCUCCGGCGGCGUGGCAGCAGCAGAAGGCCCCAUUAGCUGAAGUGGUGCUUCAGGUUAAGAACAGCUUCAGGUUAAGAACGGACCUCCAGAACAAAUUAAGUACUUAACCCGAGGUACCACUGUACUUUUUAAACUAAACUCAGUAGGGGGUAUGAUCAUGAAACCUGUCCCCUGCCCUAUUUCCUUUCUUCUCUGCUUUCCACUGAAGCCUUUUCUCCCCAGACUGCCUCCAAUACCUGAAGUUAGCAGGGGAAUUAUUCCAAAGAGCAGACUGUGUGCAAGUAAGGAGGUGGAGCGGGGAGGUGAUGCCCAUGUCAGAGGUGGUUUUAGGGUAGCGUGACCGGUUUGGCUGCAUCGGGUGACGGCACCACAGGGAGUGCUGCAGCAAUGAUGUGGAAAGGAGAGUGAGAAGUGGGUUGUGUGUGCCAAAUUUUAGCAUCACACAGGGCACCACUGAAAUUUGAGAGCCCGAAAUCUACCACUGCCCAUGCCUGACUCACCGCCAUAUUCUGUCUGGCCUGAAAACAGAGCUCUCCCGCCUCACUUUAUAGCCAAACCAGCACACAUCUAGUUGCCCAUUCCUUAUUUGUAUCACUGAAUAUUUUUUCAGAAAUGCAGUAGCAGCCGCAAUGAGAGCUUCCCUUCAAAAAUAAAUAGGAGCUUAAGGAGGAGGGAAAGGAGGAAACUUUCUUUGGGAUCAAAGGGGAAGGGUUAAACUCGCCUUCUCCAAAGUUCCAAUCCUAACUAAAAUGAGAUGCACUUAUCACCACUGUUAUGCAGGUUCAGUUUUUGCUCAGGGGUUGGGAACAGGUGAGUUUUGAUUCUGUUCUGAAACAAUUGUUUCACUAAAAUGAUUAAGAAUUAAAUUUCACUUUGAAAUUCCUUUCUUCAGCAAGAACAUGCAAGGUUAAAAGUGCCAUUCUUGUGCCUUUUAUAAAGACUAACAUAGAAUGCUUUAUUCUUUUUCAGGAAUUACAUUUGCAUAAACCUAGCAGGUACGUAUUUCUUUUAAAAGAAAAUGGUAAAAAAGAAGCACUCCCUCGUUCGUUUUUAUACUUUUUGUUGACUCUUAAUGAGCCAUUAAGAGACAAGAGUGACAUAUUUACUGUAGCUAGCAAGAUCUAUAUAAAUUUAGGGGGCUAGCACUGUAACUUUCUGCCACUUUCACACCUUAAUGAGAGUUGCUUUAUAGGCUAAAAAUUGACCCUCAGGCAUGCCCCAGCUAUUGUUUAUUGAGAAGUCUGAUAAGCAUCUCUUUUAUUGUUGUGUUAUUGUUGUGUUAUUUGUUAUUAAUUUUUGUAGCUUUUCUAAAUGCAUAAAGGUCACAGCCCAGAACACUGAAACCAAUGGGUAUGAGGCAUGUGCCUGGUUGACAUCAAGACCACAUUAAUACUACUUGUGGGCCACAAAUCAAAUCUGAUCCAUCCAGCAAUCAACAGAAUGCAUUGUUUCUAGCAAAUCUUGGAGGGGAUAGCUCAGUUGGUUUGAGUGUGGUGCUGAUAAUGCCAAGGUUCUGGGUUUGAUCCCCGUAUGGGACAGCUUCAUAUUCUUGCAUUGCAGGGGGUUGGACUAGAUGAUCCUCAGGAUCCUUUCUAUGAUUCUCUGUCACUUAGGUUCCACAGUUUUAGAAUUUAUGAUAAUCUCUAUGUGACCUGAACACACCAUAGAGCAGAGGGUGUGAGAUUUCACUUUGCUGUUAAGGUUGACUGACCACAGCACAUAUUUGCUUUUUCCAGACCUGAAACAUUAUUGACCGUUCACAAAUCUACAAUGCUAAUACACCCUUGCAACAAAAAUAAUUCAGAAAAAUCAGAUCUGUUUCAUGGAAAGUCAACCAAACAGCAUCUUCUUGUUCAAUAUUAUUUUUGCGGUCUUACGCUUAUUUCAGUUUCAUUACAAAUUUUUGAACAUUCAUCCAACUGUAAAUCUAAGGUACACAACUCACAAGAAAAGUCAGCAGAAUAAUCUUGUCAUAUUAGAUUUUGGGGAUGACUUAGUUUGCAAAACUGGCAGCAGGACUAGCAAGGCCACUACCCUAUAGCCCCACUGUGGCCUGACACGGUUCAGGUCAAUUCUGGACCUGACUUGACUUGCUUUGCUUAGCAAAGCCAAAUCACAAAAUCCACUGACAAUUGCACAAACACAAACAGAAUGUGUUUAGGUCACAAAUGUCAUUUAAAAUUGGACUUCAGCUGUGAUAUGUGCAAUAUAUCUUGCUAGCUACCUGCCAUGCCAACACUACAAGGCUAUCUUAGGGAAGGACAGCAGGUUCACUUGUAUAAAUGAGAAUUCAUUUAAGACAACCUUAUGUGAAUGUCUUUAUCUUUUUAAAAAAAUCUAUAUGAAAAUUAAUAUUUAGAUAUUACUUAAAUCUUAAACAUUUUUGUAGUAAGCAGUAAGUAAAUGUAAUAAAUAAAUAUGCUUAUGGGUACAUUUUUAAGCUGUAUCAUAAAAUUUGUAGAAUUGUAAAAUCUGAAGGAUAAUUGUGUUCUGAUGUGCAACUUUGGUUGCUACUUAAAAAUGUGAACCAAACAAAAUCCUCUCCCUUCCCUACCUAAUGGUCAUGUAUUUGAAUGUCAUUUCUAUUAAAAGGGUAUAAUGAAUCUUCAUUCCGUCAUCUCACAGCUCUUUGGGAUGGCGCACAUGAAAUGGCUGCUGUGUGGAAACCAUUCUUAAAUUAGCACUACAGCAUCCAUUGCCUUACCAUGCCAAUCAGGCUGUUCUCUUCAUGCCAUAGUAUUUUACUUUUUAAGUCUGUGAUGGUAAAGCAACUGCCAAAGCCACUUCUUAGAGAUUGUAACAUUAAAGAUCAUGCACUAUUUUCGCAUGGAGACAUUUUCAAUCAACCAGCUUCUUCACACACACACACAAGUUGAGAUGGCACACCCAGGCGACACAAUUCUCCAGUUUGCUUCAGCAGCUCCACUGAGUUUAAUUCUCUAUAAUAUAAAUUGGUGGUUUUAAUAUUCAGUUGUUUAUCAAUACUGGGGGUCUUUAAAUGGAAGAUAAAGUAAAGCUUCGUGAGUUCCAGGGUUUUUUGACCAUGACUGACUCUCCUCAAACCUGAGUAUCAUUUAUUAGGAGGACCAAAGGCGUACGUAAGGGUUGGCGAAACCAGCAGAGGUGCAGGCCCAGGGGGAGCGCAAAAAACACCUAUCAGAUUAUGGGAUAUAUGACGUAUGUGUGAGGGGUGGCAUGACACCACUGCUGCGGUGAGAUGAAGCACGGGAGAAGCUUCCUGUCCUUCUUGCACCACAAAUAAAGUGGGUUUUUUUGGGGGGGGAGCAUUGAUACAGGUCCUUGCCAAGAGCACAAGGAACCCUAGGUAUGCCUCUGAGCAGUAGUAGCAGCACACAAUGUUUGUGUUUGCCUUGCAGUCUAUACAACUCAGCUGAACGGAGGCACAGCUCAGUGGUGGUGAGCUUGCCUGGAUUCGAGAUGUUCCCAGGAGACCUGCUGAUAUCAGACAGUGCAGCAGAAUUCCUUUACCAUUCAGCAUCUCUGCACAGCUCAGGUGAAUACAGAUGCCAUUGGAAGAGAUGGCCCUGUUUUUUAUUCCCACCCCCCUCUCCCCAUGAAGUCAAAUUUACCAUGAAAUUCUUUAUCGUUUCUAUAGCUAACAAUGUCCUUGUUUCUGUUCAUUAGAAUCCAAAAAGCCCUGGUGGCCAUUUGCUAAAAAAGGAACUGUGAGUAUUUUGCAAAACCCUCUUUCUCUCCAUGCCCCAGUAUUUCUAUAUAUAUAUAUGGGGUUUGUCUCCCCCAGCAGUCCCCAGAGCACAUCUUUAUUGCAGGACAGGUUUUGGAAUGUUGUUUUGAAUAAAAUGUAAAGAGAGCAGAUUUUUAAAAGUUGCAGACAUGCACCCAAACACACUUCAGGUGUUGCUUGGACAUGCAGAUAUUUAUUUAAAAAGGAACGGGGAAACAUCUCUAAGUGACUGUGAAAGAGAGUGAGAGAGAAAGGUAACUGCUUACCUUUGGGAAUGCAGCAGCUCCUGGAAUCAGAUGCACAGGCCUUGAGUUCUGUGAAACAUUACAGCUGAGCCAGCACCUCAGCAGCCACCUGUUUUUCAGCAAAUUUAGGCUAUAUGGCUAUAUGGACACAGAAUCCUUGCUUCUAACUUUUCCACUCUGGCACUUUUAAUAGAAAGAGAUUGGUUCACCACUAUGUUUAUGGAGGAUGGAUGCCCAGUGUAAUUAAGGUUCCAGUUCUGUAAUUCUGCUGAAUACAAGAAAUUAAGGAAAUAUAUCUACCUAACAAUGAGGGACGCAGGUGGCGCUGUGGUCUGAACCACAGAGCCUAGGACUUGCCGAUCAGAAGGUCGGCAGUUCGAAUCCCUGCAAAGGGGUGAGCUCCCGUUGUUCAGUCCCAGCUCCUGCCAACCUAGCAGUUCAAAAACACGUCAAAGUGCAAGUAGAUAAAUAGGUACUGUUCCAGUGGGAAGGUAAAUGCCAUUUCCGUGCGCUGCUCUGGUUCGCCAGAAGCAGCUUAGUCAUGCUGGCCUCAUGACCCAGAAGCUGUCUGCGGACAAAUGCCAGCUCCCUUGGUCUAUAGAGCGAGAUGAGCACGCAACCCCAGAGUUGUCUGCAACUGGACCUAACGGUCAGGGGUACAUUUACCUUUACCUUUACCUUUUAUCUACCUAAUAUAUCUAGAUAUAUUAGGGGAAUAUAUCUACCUAAUGAAUAUUGGUAUGACCAUCUUUCACUACAGUGGCAUGCAUAUACUUUGUGUCAAUACUGACUAAUCCAUUAUUUUAAAAUAGACUAAUCAUUUAUGGAUCUAUAUUCUGUAGUAGUUAGUAAUCACGUUACAAUAAAUUCAAAAUUUGGUGCAUUUUCAAGAUUCAGUUUGGGGAAAGCUGUCUGCUUGCACAAAUCACAAUUUGAGGAAGAAUCUGCAACAUCCUCUAUCUGCAACAUCUUCCCCAUGGCUAUGGAUUUCACAGAUUUACUGCUGCGUUUUUGUUUUUUUUUUUGUCUUUGAACAGAGUAAAGACAAACACAAACAAAUAUCAGAUCUGGAAAACUGUCUGUCCACAGUAACCCUCAACAUGCCAGAUUGUAGUGAUUAUGAAUUUCAAAGUGUUAAGGUACGAAAAUGCUUCAUAUACUAUAAUGAUACAAUUUGUGUGUUGGUCCUCAUUUUUAUUCUUCUGUUCUUCUGUUUGGUUUUCCUUAACUCUGCAAUCCUAUACCCACUUAUUUAUAUAUGAGCAUAGACAGAUGCGCGCACACACACACACACACACACAGUGCUUCCAGACUGUCACUAUUUUGAAGGAGGGUUUCAAGUGCAUACCAAAACUUUAGGUUUGUGCAACUGAAGUAGAUAAAGGCACUCUGGGUUCAUUCACACUUCCACAUGUGCUGUGCCUAGAAAGCACAGGUCUGAGCAGUUUUACACUUGACCCGCUCCUUUCCGAGGGAAAACCCACUCUUUAGUGUUCAAUUGGAACAAACGGCAAUCCGGGGGAAACCCAACUUGACAUUUGCUCUGACUUGGCACUAAAGAACUGUUUUCCCCAAGGGAAAGCAGCAGGAGAAGCGGAAACACAGAUAAGCCCUCUGUCACCUUUGUGACAGCACCACAAAUCCACUUUAAUAAAAACUCUUCCUUCUUACAGUUAGGAAAGAGACAUACUGAAAAAUGUGGGGUGGAUGAAUGGGAACAUGUAUAAACACUCCAUAAACAAAUUGGGAUAAAUGCUCAGUAAACUGGUCAUCUGGAAGAAAAUAUACACGUAUACAUGAAUAUAUGAACUUCUCAGUAGACAUGGAUUAUACUUCUUUUCGGUGUAAAUUGUUGAGUACUUCUAAGUAUACUUUAAGAGUCUUUUACAAUGUAACACUGAAGCAGAAGCAGAAACCAAUGGCAACCCAAACAAGGGUAUUUAGCACUAACAACAGCUUCAGUGAUUGAACGGAAGAGCUGUUUGUAUGGAAAUGUGCAUAAAUUUUUGUGUUUGUGCUCUCAACUGAUAGGGUAAAACUUGGCAGGAAAUCAUGAAUAUGCAUCAGCUUGAGCCAAAAGCCAGUGGUGAUCAGUUAGAUACUAAGAAGGAAGAAGCCUUGUGGGAGCUUUUCACAACUGAAUGCACCUACCUUCUUGAUCAUCUCCAGGUUCUCAAAACGGUAGGUUUGGAUUUUGCAACUGUUUCCUUCCCAUUGUGGGGUGUUUGCUAUGUCACUAGCUACCAAUCUAAAUGGGAAGUACCUUCGCACAACCGUUUGUUCCUACAGGAGGCAGCCAUUUGCAAUUAGCUCAUAGCAGUACUUAAAGACGGAUCUCUGUCUUGCAGCUCACUGGAGCAUAUUCCGACAAGCGUUAAAAACAGGCGACAGAUUAGAAAGUGCAUUGAGCCGUUCAGCUACAGAGCCAUCACUUGUUAGAAAAUUGGGUCACAGACUUGGAAGGGCAUCUAACCUCCAACUGAUGCAGGAAAUUCACUGCUCCAACUUGCCCAAUAGGUGACCAUCCAACUUCUGCUUUAAAAAAAAUCUAACGAAAGAGAGCCCACUAUUUUCUGAGGCUGCCUGUUCUACUGCUGAAUAUCUGAUGCCUUCAGGAAGUUCUUUCUAAUGAUUAGUUAAAAUCCCUUUUUCUUGUAAAUUGAACCCCAUUAAUUUGGCUUCUAGCCUUUGGAUCCCAGCAGAAAUCCAAGCAUGGCUCUGUUUUUCUGCAGCUUCUCACUUUUGGCUUGCACACAAAACUCUGGAAUUUGUCUUUCUAACCACCAAUAUGUUGAGGGAGGGGGCCCUACCCAUUUUCUGUCUGGCACAGAGCCACUUCCUUUGUUACCUUAAUGGCCCAUAAUCAGAAGGUCAUCACCUCACCAGGGAGCUAACCUGGCUAUUCCAGGAACUGAAUCUGUGCUGGACCCAGGAAUUAGAAGGGGACUCAGGCAUACAACCUCUGACCCAUCUACCCCAAAAUUCAUAACAGCAUUUAAAUUCCUGAGCUAUGUAUCAUCACUUGUUUUGAAUUAUAAUUAGGUCAAGGUUAUUUUCACCAUAUCAGCAGGUGGGUCUUUCAAAGAGAAUGUUUUCAGAGACCAGCAAAGUAUUCCAUGGAAAGUCCUGUUAUGAUGAAGAUGCCUCAUCCUCAAUAAUAUUAUAUGUCACUUGAAUAGCUUGGCUAUACCUGUUUACUAGAUGUAAGGCUCACUUAGUUCAGUGAGACUUACUCCUUGGUUAAUUUAUAAGGAUUGCAGCCUAAAUGCUUUAGAAUCUAAGCCAUCAGGAUAGCUUGAUUCAAAUUAAUUGAGUGGCCAUUUUACUGAGACAAGGAAAUUGCUCUUUUCAGCUUGUCAGCAGAAUUUCCAAUGUUUCCUAGAAUGUGACUGCUUGUGUGUUUAGUGCAUGCAUAGAGGGUCUGUGGGGAAAGAUUUCAGGUUUCAGGGCAAGGAGGAAGGAAUGUUUGUUAAGUGCUAGAGGCAGGUGUAUAGCAGCAAGACGACAAAUGAAGCCCAUUUGUUAUGUUUACUAGAGCUAUAAUGAACUUGGGUAGGGAAUGUUUUUCGGAAAAGGAAAUCUGUAGCAACCCUGGGGUUCAGGGAUUUGGAGAAGAAAUAACUAACUAGGCAUUGAUGUGUUUUCUGAAGAUAUUUAUGGAUACAUUAAGGUACCUGCAAUGCAAGGAGUUUCUCUCGGAUGUGGACUCUGGGCUACUGUUUGCCAACCUAGAGGAGUUAAAUCAGGUGAGAAAACACUUUAAUUUGUAGAUUGACCAUGAACAUGUAUCAGCACUGUGGCUUUUCAUUCUACAGCUUUAAUACAAUAGUUAAAUCAAAACUAUAUUAACAAGCUCAAAGCAGUGUGGGUCCUACUAUUUAAAUACUUCCUUUGGGAAAAUUAGACAUAAGACCUGUGGAAUUACAUCUUCUAGUGCAUUUGUCUUAAAGCAACAAUGGCUCACUUAUAGUCUAUGUAUCAAAUGUUGCAUUCAAAUACACAACAAGUCAUCCCUGGGUAUUUGUUUGGAGUAGUGAAGCUGAAUAUGAUCACUAUGCCUUACAUUUUUCUUCCACUGAAUUAUAAAAACAGAGAGCUCAUUUAGUGUCUUGCAGUCGAAUCUUUCAUACAAAGGACAUCUUAAAUAAGAUUCUCUUACUUAGGUGAGCCUCAGUUUUGUGACCAGUUUCUUCAGUGCUAUAAAGGAUCACCUUGUUCAGCCUAUGCCUUCCAUAGAUUUCAUCCCUGUGCUCACAAAGGUAAGAGUGACAAUGUGUUAAGCUUAGCUGAUGCAUCAGUAAAUGGUUAAAGAGCAGAAAGCAGAGUCUAGGUGUAAAUGGACAGUUUUCACUGUCGAGAAAUGAAACAGGGAUCUGCAUCAGAACUGCUGCUUUUUAACUUGUUCAGAAAUGACCUAGAGUUUACACCCUGACCAUGGCAUGAUCCAUCCACAGUUAAGUUGUUUGUGUGUGUGUGUACACAUGCUUAAGGUUGUAGCCCCCAUGAAACUACAAUUCCAACUGCAAUUGAGUUUGACUGACAGAGGGAAACAAGGGGAAGGGGGAAGGGAACCAUUAUUUCUUGACCAGACUUUGUUUUUAAAGUAUUUUCCUCUUCUCUCUGUACCUAGGGUAUAUAAACACUCACUUAGAUAACUACUUCAUACCUCCAGUGAAGUAGGCUCUGGCCCAUGAGAGCAUAAAUCACAGUACAUUUCUUACAGUGCAGCCCUAUGCAAGUUUAGUUGUGCUCAUGGUGCAAUUUUGCUCAUGUCUACUCAGUGUAAGUCCCAUUGACUUCAGUGAGGCUUAUUCUCAGGUAAGUGAGCACAGGAGUGCAGCUUUACAGCCAGGUAAAUGGGUAUAACGUUACAGCUUUAACAUUUAAGAUGCCAGCAUGAAUUUGUUGGCUGCAUGACUACCACUCUGGAAUUCAUCUUAUUCUUGAUUAUGCGGAGGGGUUGAUGAGUUUUAAGAUUCAGCACCACUAAGCAAAGACCCGAGAAUGACCUGAAGCAGCCAGCAAGAAUGUGGAGUUGAAAUUCUCCAAAAGUCCAUGUCUUUUUGUAAACAAAAAAUAUAGUCCAGCGAAAGGUGUUUUAAAAUUCAUUUAUUUCAGUGGGGAUUUUCUGUAGCAAAGUGCUAUGUAUAUUUAGGCAAAAGUGAAUCCCAAUGACGUCAGUGGAACUUACUAUGAAGGUAAGUGUGGGUUGGGCUACUAUCUUAAGCACACACAGGAAAAAAAGCUUAACUGUGGAUGGAUCGUGCACUGGGCGUGGUGAUCCAUCCUUACUAUGAAGUAACAAGGAAUUAUCUGCCAUCUCAGAUAUCUCUGAUCACAGAGGGUUGUGGAAAAGUACAAAAAAAUAUUAUGUGCAAUAAAUGUAUAGACUCCUUCAGGAGGAAAGGCACGGUAUAAAUCUAAUAAAUGAAUAUUUGGUUCUCACAAUGCCAAGAGGAAUAUGCAACAUUAGUCAUACUGCAAGUGGACUCAUUAAAAUCAUAGAAGCAUAGAACUGUAGAGUUGUAAAGGAUCCCAAGGGCUUGCAAUGGGCUUGAGUCUAUUCUGAGUAUAACUUAGUUUUUCAUAUUGCCCUCAAUGACUUACAUUUUUGUCUUGCAGUAUUUCCAAGGGAACCUGUGUCAGAGUCACCAGAUGUACUGCCUGAAUUAUACCUCUGCUAUCUUUUACUUGGAAAAACUGAAGAAAAGAGAAGAUUUUGGGAUCUAUUUGAAAGUAAAGCAAUUGUUUUGCUGUUAUCCUUGUUCAACAUUUACAGUUGUGAUAUUACAGCGGCAGUUUUUUCAAAGUCAAUUGCUAUCAUAGUUCACCGAUACGAUUAAGGGUGAACUAAAGUAUACAUUUAAUGAACUAAUAACAUCAAUACCCAUCCUUGUUCAUCAGAAAUCCCUAUCUCUACUAUCAUUCCCCUCCACUUCAUGUGGCUUAUACAUCAAGAAAUGUGUCAUUUUAAAGUAAAAUAUGCUAUUGGGGGGAAUUAUUGGGGAUGGUUUUCUUAUGCUGGCCUGAACUGGGGACACCUGAGAGUGUCUGUAGGGAAGGAAUGAAUUUUUAUGGUAUUUGGAGCCUAUGUUGUUUAGGGUUUUAAGCACUAGUGCAAGCACUUUGAAUGGGGCCUAGAAAUAUGUGGAAAUCUAGUUCCUGUGGUAAAGUGGGUGUGCUCUGCAAACUUUUCCACCACCACCUUGAGGCCUGUACACACAAAAGACUUAUCUGCAUGAUAUUUCCCUUCCUUUUUUUUAUUUAGGUGGAUGAUUCAUCCCAAUUAUUACCACAUUAAGUGUGAGGUAUGAGAGAAGGGGGUGCAUUUAUUCCUCUGCUAUGGGAACUGGGUUGCCAUUCUGAAAGCAAUGACAAUGCAGGGUUCUCAUGAAAUUUAUUUUACUUAAGAAAUGUGUAUCACAAUGCUGGUUGGCGGUAUGAAGCAUUAUUCUGCUUACUGUCAAGAGUACACUUGUUAAUCCUAAUACAAAAUUUAUCUGUAUUCGAUAGUGGUGUGAACAGAACGAGCGGUGCAAACGUCUCCAUCUCGCAGAACUGCUGGUUGCCCCUUUGCACAAACUGACCCGCUACCCCCUUCUCCUGAAGAACAUAUGGAAAAAUACAGAGGCAGCCGAGAAAUCUGUCAUUGGUACAAUUAAAGAAAAGGUGGAAAAAUCUAUAAGUGAGUUGGAGAAGGUCUGAAACUGCAUUCUUGGUUCAGAAGUUGUUCCGAGUUGUUUUCACAGAGCCAGUCCUACCAAUAGGCAGAGUGGUAUGGCUGCCUCAGGCAGCAGGUUUUAUGUGGCAUGAAAAAGCAGCUAGUUCUUUAAUUUAUUAUGCUUGUAUUUUUAUACCAGGGAUGGGGAGAAUUGCUUGUGGGAUUUCAUGCCUCAGGUGCCAAAACAACUUGGCUGAUGUUGUGUGCUUUGCACUUGACUUGGGUUUGGGUGGGGAGAGCCUGAAUACCAUUUGCUCCUCAGCCUCAUCCAACAAAAAUACCUUGGGCCAACCUUUCUUGCUCAGCAUUUAGGCAUGCAUGAAGACUGUAUGGCAAAAACUAUUCCCCUAGGAACUGAAACAUGAAAAUACCUUCACUAGCUACAAACAAAAGUAAUAUUAUGUAAACCAGCACAUUCCAAAAAACACUAUAAGCUUGAUAACUCAUAUUUGGUAUGAAACAUGAACAUUGAUGCUCAUACUCUUAACAUCCACAGGGAUGACAACAUUGACUAGAAUAUAUCAAUACAGAAGGCACUCAGCUCUCCAUAUAGAGAAUGCUAAGGCCCAUAUUAAUGAAGGACAGAGAUUUCAUUUUCAUUAAGCCAACCUUGCUGCUCCAUGGUGUAUCUUUUCAGGAGAUUUGGAAGGGAAAGUGAAAUGGCUGGAUAACUUCCAGAAAUUUAAACAGCUACAGGAAAUUAUAGUUUGGCCUUCACUUUGGGAUCAAGAAAAAAGAUUUUUUGUUCCUGAGGUAAGCAAUUUUUAUUCAUCCGUCUUAAAAAUAUGUCCUUAGCAGGGUCUUCUUAAAUCUGCAUAAAACUGUUAAAAUAACAUGGACAAAUAUUCAUGGCUUAACUUCAGAAUAUGUAACUAGCUCUAGAAUGUUCUAUAUACGCUCUGGAGAGGUGCCUGCACACAGACUACGCAGAUCUUAGACCAGCUCCCAUACAAGUGAGCACAGAAAAAGUAAUAAGCAAAUAUGGAGGGAGGGAGAAGAGGGAGAGCUCUUCAUGAUGAGAAACUGGAGUGAGUAAUUUGGAGGACAAUAAAAUAAUAUGGGGACUGAAGGUGGGAUGUAAAUAGAUUUAUUUGGUAAUGAUUCCUGAGGAAAUCAAUGGGGAGGAAGCAAAAAUGGAAGCGGAAAAAGAAAAGAGGUAGUUCUUUGUAAUGACACAGCAUUUAUAAAUGGAUUCAGACAGAAGGCAAGGAAUUACCGUAUUUUUCGCCCUAUAGGACGCACUUUUUCCCCUCCAAAAAUGAAGGGGAAAUGUGUUUGCGUCCUAUGGGGCGAAUGCAGGCUUUCGCUGAAGCCUGGAGAGCGAGAGGGGUCGGUGCGCACCAACCCCUCUCGCUCUCCAGGCUUCAGGAAGCUAUCCCCCAGCCCAGCAAGCUCCGGGAGCGAUGGCGAAACUGCGAGCAACUCCGCCAUCGCUCUCGGAACCGUUCUGGGGGCUGGGGUCGGGGGAAGCUCGGGCUUCCCCCGCCCCCAGCCCCGCAAGCUCUGGGAGCGAUGGCGAGGUUGUGCAACCUCGCCUUCGCUCCCGGACCCCCAGCCCCGAGGCUAAAAACGAAGCCAGGACAGCGAGCAGGAUCCAUCCCGCUCGCUGUCAUGGCUUCUUUGCUCUUUGGGGCAAAAAAAUAAGUGCGUCCUAUGGGCCAGUGCGCCCUAUAGGACGAAAAAUACGGUAAUGUGACAUUGGCCAUGCCCAUUUUGACAUGCAGCCCUCUAAGGGUUGGGCAUGAGUCAAGCUGCACCAGACUGAGAAAGGUUAGUCACUGCUGCUGUAUAGGAUUGGCUGUCAAGGUGGUAUUUGUCUAACACAUGUAGCCAGUCAUCCAAUUAAAUAGUCCAUUGUAUUAUUUCUGUUACUCAGGAUUUUAAUUGCACUGUUACCACUUUUUAUUCAAAAGUUCCAUGAUUAUCUCUCUUUCUCCAUCACCAGUGUCUCAAGAACUUAUUAAGAGAAAACCCAAAUGAAAACAUCUUGUCACCAACAAAGAGAUUUCUUGUUCAUGAGGGGAGAUUAACCCUAGCAGGUAAAGAGUGCUUUCUGUAUCAUAGUUACGUAACAGAAAUGUACACCUAACUCAAACUAAUCUGCAAACCUAAAGAGAGGAUAUGAAUAAAAGUUGGACAAGUGCUGUAUAAAGAUGUUAUGAACCUCCAUGUUCAGCAUGGGAGCAUAGAGUGGGGUGCAUCACCUAACACACACACCCCGGUGUCAUGUCUACACCUGACAUUUGCUCAUACAACACGAACAUCUGUAGAGAGGGCUUUCCUGCAUAGAGCUAUACAUGCAAAGGCAUGCCCAGAAUAUGGAACCUCAAUCAUUCAGUGUUCCAGAUUCUGAUGAAGGCUUUGCAUAUACAACUAUAUGAGCAAAGGCCCCUUGCUACAGAUGUUUGUGCUCUAUGUACAGACAUCACAGAAGGGGUGUGUGCUGUUAGUGGGGUUACUCAGUUCAACACCACUCCUUGCUUCCAUGUUAUUGAACGUGAGUGCUCAUGACACCAAAAUAAGGCUGCAGUCCAACAAGGUCAAAGAAUAAAAAUAUAUUCAGAAAGAAUAAAAUCAGUGUGAAUGAUGUCUCAGUACCACUCUUCUAGAGGGGGAAAAACAAGAUGUGUAAAAGUAGGUCUUUUAAAUAAAUAUGCUUUUCCAAAAGAGAAAUAUGUUAAACUUCAGUGUUUUCUGUUCAUAAUUAGCAGUCAAAUUUGAACUAGAUUGCUGAGAGUGAAGCAUACAACAGAUUAUUUUUUUAAUCUGCUGUCUGCUUUUGAAAUGAACUGGCAGGCGGUGAUAUACUUAAGACUGAUAAAAAUGUAACAGCUGAUAGGCCAUGGAAUGUUACAAAUAAUUUGACAAUAUAUAUCCCUGGUUAUUUUUGCUCUAUAAUCUGUUUGAUAAUCUUUUACUCGUGGGAGAUUCAGUCAUUUCCCUAGCUCUGCUAAAAACUAUUAAAAUAUUAUGUGAGUUAUGCAAGCAAGUGAUCCACCAUUCUUCCAGACUACUUUGGCUGCCAAUGUAUUGCAAAUGUUAGACAACCCAAACUACAAAGCUGAAUAUUUGUCACAUCCAGAGUUUUUUAUAUUAAGGAACAGGUGAUAUGGGGCAGCUGUUGGCUUCCUAUUUCCUUUAAAAUUAAUCUCUGUAGCUUGAGCCAUAAAACUUGAAAGUUCAGUUCUAUUCAUUAAAACAAACUUCCUAGAAUUCUGGAACUAGAAAAACUAUGCUUGAAUUUCUUAGCAAGUAAUUUUCCGAAUUAUUUCAGUCAAGAUAAAUCCAAAAGCAAAAUGUUGUGAUGAAUUUAAGGCAUAAAAUGUGAAGUUUUGUUACAAAAUAAAAAACAGUGUUUACUUUCGCAUUUAUUCCUUAGAACAUAUGAGGCUUGUUGAUGUCUACCUGUUUCUGUUUGAUGAUUUGCUGUUGAUUACAAAGCCUAACCGGCAGAAAAAGGUAAGAAGAAAGGAAAAGAAAAAUCAGCUACAGCUGUUGCGCUCAUGCACAUUUUGAUCUGUAGGUGCAGUAAACACUUACGUAAUAUUUUUAAAUCAUUAAAGUAAAAAUGUUGAGGAAAGAGUUGUGAAUUGCUGACAUAUCAAAGAAAUGAAGAACAGACCCCGGCAAUUAUAUGAUACUUAGGGGCAGUGCCUCACAGUGGGCACAUUUUGGUAACCCCUUAGGAGUACAGGUCCAUAUUUUGAUUUCAUGCAAGUAGUCACUUUGCAAUAUGCACUUAUUUUUUAAAGAAGCUGCAGUCACUGGUGGCCCAAGCCUGGUUCCUUUUAACCCAACACCUCCUAUUACCUUGUUGACUUAGAUGUAAAAAGCAGACAUCUGAAAGUAGACAUGCUUUAAAUGUACGGUGUUGAUGUAACUAAGGUUUCAUGUGCUUUCAGAUACAUUGAUGCACCAUAGUUUAUUUGUAUUUUAAAGAACUGCAGCAUAGCAGUCCAACUGAAUGCCAAGUUGUUACAAUUAACAAAAAUUAUUAGAGCUUGAAAUGUGUUUAUGAUACAAAGCUAGCGCCAUGGAACAGAAAAAUAAGCAUUUUAAUCUUGUGGCAAUUUUGACUUAAGUUCCAAGAGCUGCCAUUCACAAGUACUACAUGUCAGAAAUGCCACAACUACAAUCCGGAAUAUAGAAUGCUUAGGUAACGUAUUGGUUUUCCUUUCUGUUUCAGAAAUCUGUAGUUUCUGACCUGAGUUUAACACCUGUUGGCCCCUUUUUCACUCCCGAAUUGCAAUCUUUGCUUGAAGGUGGUGGCUAUUGCACUGUGCUUGACCAGCCUAUCCCAUUAGACAGAAUGGUAGUAAGAAAUAUUGAGUCCUUCCACAUAACAGGUAUGUUAAAUACGUUUUACAUAUGGCUUGGUUACAUUCUUCAAAUAUUGAGUAGAUGCAUGGCAUAUAUGUAGGGACAGCUAUUUUCUGUGCCCAUCUUAAAUAGCUCUCUCUUAAAAUAUUUGGAACACAAUACAAAUCAGCCAGUUGCUACCCCUCAAGCAAAAUAUAUUCAUUUCAGUCAUCCCACCACAAUUUUUCUUCAGUCUCUGGGAUGUAUAUAGGUCCAACAGCUUACAAUGGUAGUGAAGAGAAUUUACAUGGUAAAUCAGAGAAUGUGUGCUGAAGGAAAUCAGUUUUGAUCAGACAGACCUGCCUCACUUCAGGAUUAAAGAUGUAACACCACUGUCUGUGCUAAACCAACCAAUGUUCAAAAGAAAUUUAAUUUUUUGGGAACACUUCUCAUUUUGCCCACUAUUCUAAAUUGAUCAGCUGAACUAUCUUCACUCCUUUUCCUCUCCAUGGAUUCAGACUUGCUCCUGUUUCUGUAUAAAAUUAGAAUCCAAGUGAAGACCUAGCUUUUGCAUUUCCCAUCAAUGUGAUUUUAUGAGACCCCUUGUGAUCACUGGCUUAAUAUCCAUCUAAAUCAUGUCCUCACUUCUGAGUCUUUAUGAUAUGCAACUAUGUCAAAUUGUCAAAAAAAGGACAAAGUGCCAGCUUUGCAGGUGGCAGCUCAUUAUGUAAUAAUUGUUGUUUAGAAAAUAGUUACACCACAUAACAUGUAGUUUUAUUUUCCCUAAAGCCAGAAGAUUGCAGCUCACUCCCAAUCCCUUAUCCCUGGUUACUUGUAUAUCCAAAACCAAGCUUAAGUAUUGUUGAUAUUUCAUGCAGUCUAAAAGUCAAUUAUUGGAUGUAUACAAGUUCCACUGAAGUACCAGUUCAUGUGGCCUGUUUCAAAGGUAACAGAUAUUUGCUCCUUAUAGAGGUCUGGAGUAAAAGCUGUGGAAGAUGUCUUACCAUGUGUCAAUUGUUUUCUUAGUUUUCGGACUACGAAAUGUUUUUCUAAUACAGCACAGAAAUCGGUUUCAGCAGUGCAUAGCAGCCUUUAUACUACAAGCACAGACUGAGUCUCUCAAAGUAAGUAUUUUAUUUUACGAACAUUAAAAAAAAUAAACACAAGCAAUUCACCUAAGAUAAUGCUAACACCUUUCCCCAAAUGAUUUGAGCUAGUUUAUUUGUCUGUCUUGGGUACUGUGCUUGCCCCACUAGAGUGAGAUACCCCUUUCAAAAAUAUGAAUAGAUGCUAUUGCCUAAUUAGCUAUAUGGAAAGUAUGUAUCCCUAAGUUACUUUUGUUAUUAAAUUAAAACUUCUUUUUCACCUUACAGAAAACAUGGAUGUCACAGAUGGAAACAGCAAUAUCAAAUUGCACAAAGAGAGAAAAUAAACCCAAAACUUCAUUUUUUAGUUUACCUGCUGAAUCAUCUGAAAUUUAGUUGUGGUUCAUUGGGAACCCCUAGACAAUGUAACAGAUUUACUUUUUUUUUUUUUUUUUAAAGGCAUGCAAAAUGUCUGUGAACAUUUUUUGGAGCCUGGAAAGGUAAAACUCUGGAAACAAUCUUGCUAGAACAGAAUUCAGAGAAGGAAAAGAGCAGCUUGGAUGGUCAUUAUUCAAACUGUAGUGCUAUGCUUAUGGCCUUUGGUUCCUCACAGGAUGGCUUGUUUUGGUUUAGCAUUCCAUGAUAAAAACUAGAAAAUAUAUGCGAUAUGAUAUGGGGAAGAGAAAGGAAACUAGUGCCAUUAAACCAACAUCUUUAAAACUGCCUUUACAAGUUCUUCUGCAGUCAAACUGGGGUACCAGUAAUCAUGAGACCCGCUUAAAUCAGAGUAUUCUGUUUUUUGAUCAAAUACUACCGGGUUAUGAAAGAAAGAAAAUCUGCACAAUUUUUUCCUACCUCAGAAACCAUUUAUCCAACCACCAAAAUGUCAAACAAAGUAACAGUCUAACACUGAUCUUCACAAAAACACCUCUCACAUUAGAUUAUAGAAUCACACAACCCAUUUUAUAGCAGUGUGGUCUCCUUGAGAUUACCUUCCUCACCUCAUCAGCGCUUUGAAGAAAUUUCAUCAACAUUAUGCUACAAAGAGAGAUACCUGCACAACUUGGAAUGGGGUUAAACUAAGAACUGAGAAAUUGUAAUUUCUGGCUGUAGCGUUCCAGAAAAAAAUUACUCCAACCCCCAAUUAAAGCUGCAGGGUAAAAUCAGUUCAUACUGACUAUACAACACCAAACAGGGUUGCACAUACUUUUGAGGUAUACACUUUUUUGUAAAAUUCUGGGUAAGAACCACACAGCUUCAGUAAUUAUUAGUUCAAAGAAUUUUAGAAUGAAGCAGAAUGGCACCAAUUAGAAGAGCCAUUUUUAUCACCUUUACCACAAUUAUGUUCAUGAUGUAACACCAAAAGGAUACUACUCAACUUUGCCUGACCACUAUCUGAAUUUGCAAAUGAAUAAAAGUGGCUACAGCGACAUCAAAAGCACAGCAAAUUAAGUCACUGCAAAUGGUCUAUUAGAAAUGUCUAAUUUUAUUUCAGCCCAAUAACAGAUUAGAAUACAAAAGUAACAUUUCCACAAGUAUCCACUCAUGUUAUUUCAUACAGAAUUAGCUGAUGUAGGGUGUCACUCCUCAGCUUUCAUUACUUUCCAAAUGCAGAGUUUAGGGAUUACAGUGCGUACUGAACUAAACUCUUUCACAAUGUAAGGCACAACUACAUGACCACAAGUCAUAAACACACCACUGAGAGGAGGACUUGAGAGAAUCCAACUGAUAAAAAUGGUCAUGCAAGACUAUCUACAGAUAAUGUGAGUUUAAGGGUCCAGUUGAAAAAGAAGUGCAGUGUUGUGUAGGUAAGGCUACCUUAAAACAUCUGUAAAUAUAAGGUAAGCACAGAAUUUUUCCAAUUCUAAUUUAUACAAUUAUACAUAAAAAUCAGUAAAUAGUAUGCACAAUAUUCACAUCUGCGACCAUAAUAAACCAAUCAUUAAAAAGAGGCCAACAGGACAGUACACUUUGUGGCACACAUCCAUUAUAAGCUUAAUAGCAUUUGUCAACUUCUUGUCUAGACUGUUGCAAACAAGAGGCUAAUUUAAUGGCAUGUUCAUGUUUAAACCAGUAUCCAGUUUGCCAAUAUUACAUACAGGUGACAAAGUCCAACAGACUUAUGACCAGGACAGCUUGAAUUGGUUUCAUUCCUGUCCAACAGCUACAAGUUUGUAGAACUAAACUACAUAGGUCAAAAGAGCACAAGUGAGCCUAGAAUAAUUGGAAACUACAUUAGCAUACAUACCCAAAUAUUACAUUUUUGGUGAGACAAAACACUUGGAAAAUUUGGCAGUUACCACAAAUCAUACCUAACAUUAUAGUGAAGGAAUCCUAUCAAAAUGCACUAAAGUUGAAUUUCACAUCAAGAGGUAGUUUAAAUGAAAUCUUACAUAGUGGCAUCAAGUGUCAGAAUGAAGGGGGGGUUGUGUGUUUAUUUUAAAGGGUUUUUUUUAAUAAUAAUUUUAUUACAAAAGUGACAAAUCCUAUACAAGCAGCAUUUUGGACAGAUUUCUAUUAUAAAAGGUUUCAGUGUUUGCUAACCCAACGUGACAUUCUUUCUUAUCCCUUUGGUGACGAGAGUUGGGAUUUAACCACAUGGUAGAAUGUACAUUGUAUGAGCACCAACCCUAGGAAAUCUGGAUCUGCCACACCAGUCUGUUUAUAUAUCAACAAUGAACAAUGUAUUUAGAUACUUUAAAACUCAAAGCCAGUAGGUAAAACUUUUCCAUAUUGGGGUGUAAGGAGGGAACGAUGACUAAGAAAGAAGUCUUCGCUGAACUUAGUGGCUCUUUAAUUGGCACACAAGAGAAAACAGAUUAGUUUCCGACCAUCAGAUAUGUUCUACUGAAUUGGGUGAAAACCCUUCCAUUUGCCUGCUGUACAAUGACUGCAUAGAAUAUUGCAUCACUCCAUUAACCAAGACAGAACAGUCAAUGCUGACAAAUUGCAGCAUUGUAAAAUUGUAACUAUUUUAUAAAUGCAUACUACUCUUAAGUAGUAUACUGGUUUUAAGAUUUCUAGCAAUUCAAAACAGAAUGUGAACACAAACAUGUCUGCUCUUAGGUAUAGGGAUUUUUGUAUGUACUUAUUGCUAUGGCCUGGAAAACAGACCAUCCAUGUAAAUUCUAGAGAAACUCAAUACUAAGAAAACAAAAGCUGAUACAUGAACUAUGGAAACCAGUCAACUAAUAAUACAAAUGUGCAAAAUUGCUAUGUCCACAUUUUUCGAUUCUUAAGUCAAACAAUGCUUGUUAAAACCAUGUAAAUUCCUUUGCUAUAUAUACACGUGUCCUCUGGAGCACUUAAGAAUUAAGGAUGCAAUAUUCCUAACAAAAAUGAAGUUACUAGGAAUUUCAAUGAACACUCCUCUAAGAAUACAUAGCCUUGUGGACCAAUUACUACAACAAUUCUUGCAAAACAGCUGUUUCAUUUCUUGCAUAUUAUGUUGGUUACACGAGAAAGAAAGUGCAUAGUGCAAGUGACAAUGCUAUUAUCUCCCCCUUCCUGAGGUUCUUAGGGGGCAUUUCCACUGAAGUAGCUCAAAUUUCUGAACUACGGAUCCAAUCUUAUGCUCUUUCUCUGAACAAAAUGGAUUUUCCCUUGCCUCCAUAUAUACGUUCGCAACUUCUAGGGCUGUGAUGUGUUGUCAAUUAACAAAUCAAACCACUUCAAUAUAUUUUCAUCUGUUUGAAUGAGGGAGCAGAUGGUUUUCAGAUAUUCUUUUGAAGGCAAGUAUUUACAAAAACUCUGACUGGCAAAGGCCUCUCCCCAUUCUGUUGCACAGAACAAAGGACGGCUUUUCUAAGAUGGUGCCUGCUGCAACACAUGCGAGCAUCAUCUAAAACCAAAAUACUCUUUUCCUUCAAAACUUUAAUUUAUUCAUAAGCAUGUUUAAUUGAAUAAAACUGGUGUGAUUAAUCGACUAAGAUUUAUUUAAUCAAGUAAAAGCCCUAAUAAUUCCCAAUUACCUUAGUAGAUGCUCUGGAUAUUACUUUACCAUUUACUCCUUAAAAAAACCACACCAAAUAGAUGGGGGAAAUGUCUACACAUGUAGCCGCUGAAUGAUUAGAUGUAAAUUUGGCAUAUGGAGCAUGCAUAUCCAACUCAAAAAAAAUUAAGGUUUCAUACAUCCUAUUUGUACUUGUUCAUCUGGACAUUUUUGAACAGAUAAAGCAGCUUUAUACUAAAUCAGGCCAUUGAAUCAAAUGUCGUCUGCUCCCGUUGUCAGCAGCCUCUCAAAAGUUCCAGGCAAAAAAAUUGUAUUUGCUGGACCUGGAAUGUAUGAAACAUUUUUUAUCUUGAGGCAUGAGGGAUUGAACUUGGGAUCUUCUGAGUGCAAAGGUCAUGCUAGCCAUGACCCCUCUACAAAUAUAUUUCUGUUAAGCUGUUUGCUUCUCCAUUUCUUCCUAGUGCUGUACUUCCAUUUCUCAGUCUACAACAUUCUUCCUUGCUGGCAUCACUUCCUUCAUAGCAUUUUAAAUAGACCACAUAUCCAAAAGGUGUUAAUUUUAAAUGUCAUGCUGUAUUUUAGUCACUCUAAAUUUUACAAAGUACAUUAUUUUGUGUGAUUACAAUGUGCAUAGAAGUAUGUAUAUUAUCCUCGCCUCUCAAAUCAAAAGAGAAGAAAAGAUGGGGCUGAAAGAUGACAUUUCCUGCCUAAAUCCAAUCUUUAAAAGAUUGGAUUUUAAAAGAGCAAUUUCAGUACCUUCUCAUUUGGACGAAACAUGACACCGUUGUACUAUAAAACCUACGACUGAGAUGUACCUCAUUAAAGCAAGAGAAAGGCUCUUGGUGAUGGAAUCUCAGUUACUUUAAAGCCAUUAGCAGAACCUGGAAUUUCACUUCCAUUUGGCAGGGAGGUAUGGCAAAUCUCUAGCAAGAACUAAGAAACUGGAGACAAAAAUUUACACUGAGAAAGGUAGAAUUCCAAGGUGACUACUUUCUUUCCUAAUGCUGUAUUUUUUAAUUCCCACACUUCACAGUAUUUUUUCCUGGGAACUUCCACGCAGUGUUUCCUGUGAAGUGAAUUGAACAACAACAAAGAUUUUAUAAUAAUAAUAAUAAUAAAAUUAACUAAGGAGAAGACCUCUGAAAAGGCAAAAACAUGGCCCAACCUCAAAAAGUUUCAGAGCAAGACCUUGCAUAUUAAGGAUGAUGUAGUCCACUUAAGUACCUUUGAUAUGAUGAAAAGUAUUCUUAGAGAUGUCAAGCAUACAUUAUACACUCGACACUUGCUUUCAUUUUCAGUGAAAUAUAUAGUGACACUGUAGUGAAACAUCCUGAAAAGUUUAAAACCUCGAGACAGUUUCCCACUAUCUGGGCAUUCACUGUAAGUGGAAUCCCCAGAGAGUGAGAAAAUAAAAGAAAUAAGCAAAAAAGCUGCUUGUUUGGGCCUGCUACGUAUCUUUCACACUUCAAUGAAGCUAUUAAACUGUAACCAUCCCAUUAGAGCAGCAGCAUUUGAUACACAAAAUCCCUGCAAAUGUGUUUACUUUAAAAUGUGUUACUUUUAAACAAGGAAAUUAGGAUUAAAAAAAUACAUUGUUACUCCUCUGUUUAAACUUUAUUUACAAGUUACUGGGGACUUAUAAACUAGACACAGAAGCUCUUGUAGGAUCAAAACCAAACAAGCCAUAGAUAAUUUCAGCCUCACAAGAAGUACAAUUGUUUGACUUUUUUAUAUGUAUAUUUUCAACAAUACUAUAAUUUUGCCCAUUGUUACAAUCAUCACCCAAACCAAAGAGUAGUCUGAGUGUUGUACGAAGUGCAUAACAGAAACUUUAUUCUAGCAUAACAUUUAAGAGCUGUGAGUAAUUAUCCUUGCAAGUCGUUGAAACAAGUAUCACAGACACGAACGGGUUUCUUAGAAGAAGGAGUUAAGGCAUUCUUAGCUGAGCACUCGGCACAGAAGAUAUUUCCACACUGUCUGCAGUGAUGCUGUGAAACAGGAAAAACAAAGCAAA